AUGGCGGGGACGCUUCUUGGUGCCAGUUGGCAAUACCAUGACAACGGCAGCUGGCAUGCUUUUCCGCCAGAGGGGAAUGAAAAGAUGCACCAGGCUUAUUUGACGUAUCUUCAACAUCCAGUGCCCAGGAACCGCUUCGUAAGCAUUUGCUCCGCCGGCGUCGAACGGGAGGUGGAUUUCCUAUUGAUGCAGCAAAAGCGUUGCGACAACAAUAAGAUUCGCUGGAUUCGCAUUGAGGCUGGUGUUCCCAAGCAGUGGAUCACCGCUCCAGCCGAUUUGUUGCUGCAAAGUGAUCAGCUGGACUCCUUCUACGUGGAGGUGAAGGAUUCAGCUAUUCAUGCUACCGUGUUGAGCAUUCUGCAGUUGACAGGUCACGGAACCGACAACUCACAAACUUGUUCUUGCAUGAGGACGGCGAAAGUGAAGUCGGUACACCGCAUUGAAAACUGGAGACUCUGGCAGGGAUACAAGUCGAGGUGUGCGGCCUUGCGAAAGGAGCAUGCAAGCUACAAUAUUUCUGUCACUCCUGCACCAAUCGAUUGUGAUGCCUUGCAUGGUACAUACAUGACAAGUCAUCAAGCGGUCUUUGAUUGCGGUGAAGCCUUAGCCGCGGAUGUCGAUGAAAAGAUUCUGUUGCAUGGCACCAGUUGGGGCAAUGCAAAUUCCAUUGUGCUGAAUGGCUUUGACCCUCGGAUGUGCGAUCGUGGCAUGUAUGGCGAUGGGGUCUACUUUGCAUCCGCUGCCUGCAAGAGCCAUCAGUAUACAUGCCCGGAUCACAAGAUGGCCUGCCGCUGCAAGCGUGAGCGGACUUUGAUCAUUGCUCGUGUGGCUCUGGGCGAUGCUUUCAUUGCAACGGAAACACGGAGACAUGAACGCAGGCCACCAAGGAGAAGCAGCACCUUUGGAGGCACCUAUGACUCCAUCAUUGUGAAGCCUGGGCCAAUGAAAGGGCAUCACAAGGACUAUCAAAUUCAUCAGGAAAUUGUGAUCUGUGACCGCGAGCAAGCUUACCCCUCCUAUGUGGUGCAAUAUGAGUUGUGA